CAAUCAUCACGAUCAGUGCAUGAUCGGGAGCUGUUGGACACGGAGGUUGUGUCCACUGACUCUCAGUGACGCUGAAGACACAUUCGCCUCACGCUGCUGUGCCAAACCGAGAGACCACUACUCUGCGCUCGGUGACGAUCAUUCACAGUUUGAACUCAGUGACGAAAGGUGACAACACCGUGAAGAAACUCUCGGUUUAGAAAAGGAAUUUUCUUUGAUAGUGAAAAGAAUACGUGUGGAGAUAUUGAUUAUCAUCCUAAUUUAAAGUGAUACGUGAAUAAGCUCGAUAUAAUUAGAAAAAUAAAAAAAAGUUGAUAUUUGCUAGUUGUGACAAAACAGAGGAAUACGAAAAGUUCAUUUUCCAGAAACUUUAUAUAAGCUAUGGAAAAAUCAUCCCGCCCCGUGAGAAACCGCAAACGAAGUAGGAAAGUGUGGCCACCUGGUGACAUCCACCGGCCAAUCAAGCGGCUCUUUACGCCGGAAAUCAAACGCAUGCUCAAGGAUUGGCUGGUUCGGCGGCGCGAAAAUCCCUAUCCGAACCGGGACGAGAAAAAGCAACUGGCGUACGAAACGGGUCUCACCUACACGCAAAUCUGCAACUGGUUCGCAAACUGGCGUCGUAAGCUCAAGAACUCCGGCAACGAUCCCGUGAAGAAGACCUGGGGCAAUUUGAUCAAAAAUUACAACACCAAUGCGAAGGGAAACGUGGAACAGUUCAGCAUUUGCUCGGAGGAUAGCAUUUGGGGCGAAAAUGGUGACGAUUCGCAAGGGUCGCGAUCGCCUCCGCCGGGUGGCUUUUCCAAACGAUCGUAUCCGACGUACGGUAACAACAACCACAGCAACAAUAACAACAGCAAAGGUUUUAUAAACUACAUGAAAUAUAUGGAGAGUCGAAAUAGUGAUACAUCCGACGACGAAAGGCCUGGUGAAGGUUAUCCGGGAAAUAUGUUCGUUGAGCAGUGCUACACUCCCAAGAACUACAAUGCCGUGUUUGGCCUGCCUGGACAGGCGCAGUGCUUUCAGGUGACGUCAACUACCGGGGAAUGUCCUCCAGACUUCCAUUGCAACUCUGGUUCCAUCAUAGCGGCUAACUUUCCCCAUGCGUAUCGAGCGGAGAACGGCACUAUCUACCUUACGCCAAGCACGACGGUGUCUCCCUCGAUUAACCAAAGAAGUACGAGUAAAUACAAAAAUAGCAUCAUGGAAAAAUAUCUGCGCGAUCUUGGUGAAAUCGACCCAGCGGAACAGGAACCUCCAACUAACGAAUAUCCGAUGGGUCCCAAUCCGUUCCAAGCGUUAGCAGUUCAAUCACAGCUCAACAUAACCCCCGUCAGUCAAACGAGCGGCUGCGAACCUCGAGGCCCUCCAUCACUCUCGAAAUGGCUCGAAAGCACCGCCAAGUUCACGCCAUCGAAAAACAACUACAUCGAUUGGGAUCAACCUGGAAGACCGUCCUCAUCGAAAAAACGAUGUCACUCAAAUUCAUAUCAACCGCUGGACCAGUCAGAGCACCACCGGUCCACCUCCCAGCCCCCGCAAGAACUCGAUGAAUCCGGAGGGUUUGCAGUGCAUCAAAAAGACGAAAUCGAUGCAGCGGAAGCGUUGACGCGACUGGCGAACAAUUUCCGGAUGAAGUUCUACACAUGAAACGGGAGGGUGGACUGCGGAAAAGUCCACGCGUAGGAUUAGAACAAACGGCGAUAGCAUUCCUGAACAAGCUUAGAGACAUUAUAAAUAGUUAUGUGUAUAUGACAAUUAGCUUUUACAAUGCCAUGCCUAACGAUAUGAUGCUUUCUAGAAUUUGAAUGACGUAUUUUAUGUGUGACUGAAGUAGUUUACGAUAGAUAAAAUAGAUCAGAAAUAUAUGUAGCUAAGAAGUUCAAAA